UGUAUGCACAAGGUCACAGUGACACCUACAAUCUGAUUUCGCGCCAUCCAUAAGAAGAAACAGCAUUGCAGACGCGUUUCCCAACGGCGCUCGUUUAGUGUAGGCCAUGCGCUCCCUCGCGACGCCCGGCCGCAGUGGGCGCAUGCACCAUGACUUGGUCUGCCGCUCCCGAUCGAGAAUUAGGCCAUGCGUUGCACUGCACGCGUCGGCCAGUGGCGCGCCAGGGCCAUCCGGCGGGAACUCGGGUUUGCCUAUCAUUCGUGCCAUGAAGCUGCCGAACCAAGCAGAUAGUGUAUUCAACCCAAAGGACAGCAGGGACCUCCGGAGUGCCGUGCUGGAUGCACCGACGAAGAGCGUUUCGGACCUGGACUACCUCUCGGAACUGCUGGCCAUCCAGCAAAGCGAUGGCCCUAAAAACCUCGGAUUCUUCGGGACUCGCAACAUGGGUGUCACACACCAAAAGCUCGUGGAGAUCCUCGCGUACGCAUACGCAUCCACGGGCAACCACAUCUUCACCUCGGGCGCCACGGGAACCAACGCGGCCGUGAUCAAGGGCGCCCUGCGCGCCAACUGCCCGGACAAGCUGACGGUGCUGCUGCCGCAGAGCCUCAGCAAGCAGCCCUACGAGUCGCAGGAGCUCUUAUCGCAGGUGGCCAACCUGCAGGAGAUGCCGCAGAACGACCACCUGCCGCUCAUGGAGGCGUCCAGGAUCUGCAACCGCAAGAUCAUCUCGCACAUUCAGCAGGUGGUGUGCUUCGCCUUCCACGACAGUCGGUUACUGCUCGAAACCUGCCAGGAGGCCAAGGAGAUGAAGAAGAUCGUGACGCUCUUCUACCUCGACUAGUCCCUCGGCGCGGCGAGUCCCUUAGGCGAGGCAGGCCAUGCAAGUGGGUGUGUAAUGGCCGUGCCAAUCCCUCACACGUGGGGCAAUUGUUUCCGCCGCGUCUCUCGUGGUAGAGCCUGUAACCAUUAUGAGACGGAAAGGCGGCGCCAGCACCGCGCCGCCGCUUGUACCAUGAUUUUAUGUGUGUCCAUUUGGCCUGUCUGGGACUGUCCCCUCUGUAACAUCCGCAUCCAUUUGGCCGCCUCAUGCGGGCGGCGAAUAAGGUGAGGUGGCGUUGCGCAGCACUUCUACCUGGGUCUCUGCCGUUGGUGUUGGCUGGGCGCGCAUGAGACCACUGUGCGAUGAGACUAGAAUCGUGCGGCGUGCUGUCCAUGCGCGCUAUCGGGCAUCCGCGUACUGUGUGGAAGUGAGGUGUUCAGUUGACUGCGCGGGGGUGACACAGUUCAAGCAAAUUGAGCCGGGCGGUGUGCGUUGCCUGAAGAAUGCGGGCGGCUGUGCAGGAUCAAUGAAGCGUGGUGUGUGGUAGACGGAAGGCAGUCAGCAGGCACACCAGGCCGACAAAUGUGGUGCACGGGUGGACCCAACAAGGAAUGUUCAUGCGGAACCUACCAGGCUUCCUUGACGCAAAGCAAGUUCAUUGUUAAGGGGUUGGCCGCUCCGCACCCCUCAAGGUGACAGUAUUGAGUUCUGUGUUGGGGCGCUGCGUUGGCGGCUUACACUCGGUUCUACACCUGGACUCUGGAGUCAUGACGAGGUUGUCUGUUGCGCGGACUCUCUUUGGGGUUGCAACUGCAGUGGCGUUCGCAGGCCCCAGUCCGCUGCCGAUGUGGUUGGCACGUGUGAAUGUUCCCUUCCCGGGUUCGCGGGUUCACUCCCUGCAAACAUGGCCAAAACCUUGACACCCACGACCUCACAGCCGGUGACGCAAGUACCUAUCUGUAAGUCCUGAUUGACAAAUUAGUCAUCCCCCAAAGCGGAUGUGGCGCAGCUGGUUAGCGCGUAGGUCUCAUAUGCAAAUAUGACCACUGAUCGGGUGGGAUAUCCUAAGGUCAUGAGUUCGAACCUCAUCAUCCGCAGUUGUUUUUGGCGCCGUUGACUAGUGGUCCUCAUUCUCCGCAAUGAUAGCCCCCAUACCCAUAUUUGCCCCCGCUUGUCGGACUGUCCCUUCUUUGUAAUCUCGCAUCCAU